CGGGUGAAGAAGGAGGGAGGCCGCGGCCCGUCCGUUGUACAGGCGCGGGGAGCGGGCGGGGAGCGUGGGUGGAGCGUCUGCUGCCGCCGCUGCUUUCCUCGUUGCGACGGGUCUGUUGCCGUUGCUGAACGGAGCGCGCCGCGGUAGCGUCCGCGGGUGCGGCUGCGUCCUGUGCCAUAUCAUCGUCGUCCGAGGGAGGGAGGGAGAUCGAUCGAUCGAUCGACGAGUUGGGCCGUCUCGGGCAUCGAGACGAGGACGAGGACUUUGGCGAUCGAUGCAUGAUGAGGGUGACGGUGCCCGAUGCGCAGGCAGGGCGGGCCCCGGGGUCGAGGGAGGGCCUUGACAGGUGAAUGAAUGUGCGAGAGGACAUUUGGAGAAAGAGAGAGGGAGAGAGCGGUGCAUUGCGCCAAGAAGGCAGAGCGGGGAAUUUUAUAUUGCGAGCGGGAGCUGGAUUUGUCGAUUGACGCGAGGAUCAGGAGCCCGGCGCAAAUUUCGCGCAGUAAAGUCUGGACCUGGAUAUUUAGUUUCCUUCGCGGAGGCUGAUCGUCUGGAUUACGCUAAGUAGAGCAUUGUUUCGACGCUCGGUGCCUAUAGCCGCGCAUUGGUGUGGUUGCCUCAUCGACUCGCCAACCCGACUGGGUCGACGGGGGUGAGGGGCGCUGGGGCGAGCUAUCGCCGAGCUAGAAAUAUUGGAGGCGCCGGUGCUAGUCAGGGCAGUGGUGGGUGCAUCGAAGAAGGAACGACCUCGUGUGGCCGCCGUGACACCUCACCUCAGGCUUCGCUACAUGAAGGGAUGGAGCGCGAACGCCAGGCGGAUCGAAAAUACAAAUUUUGUCAAGUACAGCUCCCCUUCACACGGACCCCCCCGAUUGGAAAUGCUCGACAAGUUCCUGUCUAGGGCACACUUGGAUGGAAGGAAUUGAGUUUCAUAAUCGGUUGAGAAAAACCACGAGCAAGAAUUCUGUGGGCAAACGCAUUGUCCGGGUCGCACACCAGAGAUCGCGGUAGUGAUACAGCCCUCGUAGAUUUCGGUAGCGUUUUAAAGGUUCUGUACAUGGUGCCAAUGAUAAGGUUAGCUCCUGACUACGCUCUAGAUCGGGACUGGAGGACAGGUUCAUCGCUGAAAAGAAUCCUGGUUUCUUUGGAGGACCGGCCUGUGCCUGGUGAGCAACAGAUGAAUGAGGGCCCAUCUCAUGCUCAAGGUUGACGUUCAAGCAUGUGUGUGGUGGCCGGGCAUAUUAUGGAAUAUGGAUAAUAGGAGGUUAUGGCAACAAAGUAGAAGGUGGGACGGAGCAGGCCAUGGGCAUAUGGCAGAGUUGGCCCGGCAAGCGUGUUGAGCACGCAGUUAAAUCCCCCCCUGCGUCGCAACCUGUGCUAUGGGUGUUGGUGGGAUGCCGGCUGGAGCCCAGCAAUUUGCAGCAGUAUCUUCUUCUUCAUCUUCUCAGGUUCAAGGAUCAGCCGGUGUACAGGUGAGAACUGGCCCGCCGAGGGAAGAGAGGUUACGCGUAUCAUCGUCUCUACAGGACUUUUCGUCCCCAUUUUGGAAUGGAUCUUCUCCCAGUGGAGUUCCGAGAAGUGCUUCUUCGGUUGCUGGUUUUGGACCAGGAAUUUCUGGCCAGCAGGUGCCGAGGAGUGAAGGUCAAGGAGUACCCAUCUUGACAACUAUUAAGAGCAAUUUAGUAAGAAGGCCCUCUGGCCUUUUGAGUCCACCCUUUGGUUGCAAUGCCAUCUUCAGCAAAGGAGGAGCUUUGUUGGGCUGUAUCACUUUUGGCCUUGCUUUGCUCUACCUGUGCUUACUGUGGGCAGGUGUUCAUUUUGCCGAUGGAGAUUUGGAAUAUGCGAUUGUUAUGGACUGCGGAAGCACUGGAACUAGGGUCCACGUUUAUGCGUGGACGCAUGAGAUGAUGCUAGGAAAGGAUUCCCUGCCGGUAAUGGUGCAUCCUUCUUCUGUGUACUCCGGGCCUCAGAAAUACGAUGGAGCGCCGACAUUCGACAAGGGGAAGAGACAAGGAGAAAGUAGAGCAUACAAACGAAUGGAGACAGAACCAGGAUUGGAUAAGCUUUUGCACAACGAGUCGGGAGUACAGGGUGCCAUUGAGCCGCUCAUCGAGUGGGCAGGGAAGCAAAUUCCACGAUCAUCUCAUAAAAGGACAAAGCUUUUUUUCCUAGCGACGGCUGGUCUGCGUAAGUUGCCCCCUACCGAUUCGGGCUGGCUGCUAGACAAGGCUUGGUCUUCAUUGGAGCGAUCCCCGUUCUUGGUUAUGAGAGAAUGGGUGAGAAUUAUAAGUGGUCAAGAAGAGGCUUAUUAUGGAUGGAUUGCCCUGAAUUACAACCAGGACAGGCUUGGACGAUCUUCCAAGGACACCUUUGGUGCUCUCGACCUCGGCGGUUCUUCAUUAGAAGUGACUUUCGAGCCAGAUAGGACCCCCCCGGCAGCCUAUGGAGUCAAUGUGAGUGUAGGAUCUGAAGAACAUCAUCUCUAUGCAUAUUCUCAUCCUGGGUUUGGCCUGAAUGAUGCUUUUGAGAAGUCUGUAGCCCUGCUCAUUCAGCGGGGUGAAUAUACCAGGAAAAAAGGUACGAUCUUUGUUCAACAUCCGUGUCUGAAUCCAGGGUACAAAGAGCCUUUUGUCUGCUCGCACUGCGCCCUUCCGCCUUUUCCGCACGCUAAUGAACCACACAAGGGACGCAGGAGCCUGUUAGCAGGAGGGGAUUUUGGAGGCAAAGUGCAGUUGGUAGGAAAGUCGAACUGGUCAUCUUGUCAGAGCUUGGCUUUGUCUGUGAUCAAUGAGUCUGGGCUCCCUCAAACUACCGGGGUUAGUGAAUGUGAAUUUCCCCCUUGUGCUUUGGGAAAGCAUCAACCUGAACCUCAGGGCCAGUUCUAUGCCCUGGCAGGUUUUUUUGUGGUUUACAAAUUUUUUGGCCUGACGUCAACAGAUUCUUUGAAUGAUCUUUUAAUCAAAGGUCAUCAGUUCUGCAAGAUGAAAUGGCAGGACGCCAAAGUGAGUGUUCCACCUCAGCCUAGCAUAGAUCGCUACUGCUUCCGUGCACCUUAUGUCGUAUCUCUACUGCUCGAGGGUCUCCACCUUAGAGCGGAUCAGAUUCAGAUUGGUUCUGGAGAUUUUGCGUGGACAUUGGGUGCAGCUCUGAAUGAGGCUGGUGCAUUGCUGCCUGCAACCCGGAGAGCGGGGGUGGAGAGGAGUGGGUUUGCCCGGUUCAGAGAAUCUGCCUUUUCUCUCGAUGUACAGUCGAUUACCUUUCUUGUUGUCGUUUUUAUUCUCUUGAUUCUUAUGCUCGUUACUUGCUACCGGCGAUGCCUUCCUUCCCGUGGAUGGCGACGACCAUACCUGCCCCUCUUUGUAACGCCAUCUGCGAACAGUAGUCCUUUUUCGUGGUGGUCACCGACCUUCCGUUUCCAAAUGGAUCUCGGGGCGAAUAAUGGUGGUGGAUCAAGUCCGUCUGGUGACGGUCGGGUGAAGCAGCCCCAUAGUCCAGCUCCAUCAGGCCCGAACAACACUUUCCAUCAUACUAUGUUCGGUUUUGGAGCCAUGGCCGGUGGGGACGGACCUUUCUUGGCGUGUGAUGUACUACAACCAGGAACGGGGACAAGCAGUGGAGGGCAGAUCCAACUUGCUCCCCUGAAAAUUCACCCGAAAGGUUCGAGGCUUUGCAGCCGUCGCACUCAAUCAAGAGAAGAUUUGAGUUUGUACACGCCUGUUGACAAUUCUCAGGUUCCGAAGGCUUCCAUUCCGCGGGAAAUAUCUCCUGUUAGGAUCUAUCCGCCUAUACGUCAUGGCACUAUUUAGCACAAGUUUUGAUCUUACAAAGUGAGAUCAUCUCGAGCCUUGCAUAUGCAGCAAGAAGGCAGCCAACCCUAAUACAUCAUACUGCCAAAGUAAUUCUGCUCUGGAUCCCAAUGUUCAGACAAUCGCUAAAGGGGCCAGUGAAAUCUUUUGAGGUUUAUAAGAUCUCAAUUGCUGACAGUCAGCAAAGUCCUUCAUUAAAUUAGAAUCAGGACUUUCGACAAAACGAGGAAACAUUUGAUGUAUGAUGGUGCUUUGGGUUGCAAACCGGAAGGUAACUUUGGUUAUCAACCAUUACAUGUACAAUUUCUCCAGCUAACGCCUGGACACCUUGAAUCUAGGCUCGAAUAUGGAUGGAAAACCUUAUGAAUCUGCUGAGCAUGUCUUGAAGGUGGACUCUAGUUACCUGGACUCCUACUGUUUAUUCCCCAUCUAAGAAUGUUUGUCUCGUCAUGUGUACACAAGGAUCUCCUGGUGUAGUUUAUUGCCGUCAGUACAAGGUGUUUGGAUGAGAACCAGUGACAGACGUGUACUACCGCUGAGAAACAUGUUGGUUUCAGCUUCUGAAAGUUUCGGGAUAUUUGUCGAGAUU